GAUCACUGUGUAAAUACCCUCGCGUUGCGGCGUAUUCACACAAUGUAGGUACUAAAUGUCUUUGAAGGAAAACAUGAUUAACAUAAAACAAUGUUGACGAUACCAAAUGUACGAAAAUGGAAUUUUUGUGUUCGGUACCAAGAUUCUUUGCGAAGUGAAAAAUGUAGACGCUGUAACACGCCUCCCUUUAGAGCUGUCGUGGGUGGUAUUUUCGUACUUAGAUGAUGCCUCCUUGAGGAGCGCUUCGUUCGUAAAUAAGACAUGGUCAAAAAUUAUAUUGGCAAACAGAAACUUAAGGAAUCGCAUGAACAAAUUUGAGCUCACAAUGAGGUUAGGCUCGAAAUCUUUGGCGAACUUCUACAGAAGGAAUAGAAGGAGAUUGAAAAAAGAAAGAAGAAUCGAUAAGAUAAACUAUGUGCCUUGUUGUGAAGAGACAGUUCGACCUAUGAAGACUGUGGUACACAAAUCGAAAAGAUGUGGCGAAGAUUUGGUUUUGUAUUCGAAACGAUAUAAAUUGAAUUAGACGAAUAAACAUGAAAGACUUAUAA